AUGGCUGGCGAUUCUAGGAAUGCUAUGAACCAGGAUAUGGAGAUUGGAGUCACUCCCAGGGACCCUAAGAAGAUUCCCAAACAGGCCCGCGAUUACAUCCCCAUUGCCACAGACCACACUCGCCUGCUGGCGGAAGGCAAAAAGCCCCGCCAGCGCUACAUGGAGAAGAGUGGCAAGUGCAAUGUCCACCAUGGCAAUGUCCAAGAGACCUACCGGUACCUGAGUGACCUCUUCACCACCCUGGUGGACCUCAAGUGGCGCUUCAACCUGCUCAUCUUCACCAUGGUCUACACCAUCACUUGGCUGUUCUUUGGUUUCAUUUGGUGGCUCAUUGCUUAUAUUCGGGGUGAUCUGGACCAUGUUGGUGACCAAGAGUGGAUUCCUUGUGUUGAAAAUCUUAGUGGCUUUGUGUCUGCCUUCCUGUUCUCCAUUGAGACUGAAACCACCAUCGGGUAUGGCUUUCGAGUGAUCACAGAGAAGUGUCCAGAGGGCAUCAUACUCCUCUUGGUCCAGGCCAUCCUCGGCUCCAUCGUCAAUGCCUUUAUGGUGGGAUGUAUGUUUGUCAAGAUCAGUCAGCCAAAGAAGAGAGCAGAGACCCUCAUGUUUUCCAACAAUGCAGUCAUCUCCAUGCGGGACGAAAAGCUCUGCCUCAUGUUCCGGGUGGGUGACCUUCGCAAUUCCCACAUUGUGGAGGCCUCGAUUCGCGCCAAGCUUAUCAAGUCCCGGCAGACCAAAGAAGGGGAGUUCAUCCCCCUGAACCAGACAGACAUUAAUGUGGGCUUCGACACUGGGGAUGACCGUCUAUUCCUAGUGUCGCCACUCAUCAUCUCCCAUGAGAUCAAUGAGAAGAGCCCUUUCUGGGAGAUGUCUCGGGCCCAGCUCAACCAGGAGGAGUUUGAAGUCGUGGUCAUUCUAGAAGGGAUGGUGGAGGCAACAGGCAUGACUUGCCAAGCACGGAGCUCCUACAUGGAUACAGAGGUGCUCUGGGGCCACCGAUUCACGCCAGUCCUCACCUUGGAAAAAGGCUUCUAUGAGGUGGACUACAACACCUUCCAUGACACCUAUGAGACCUACACGCCCAGCUGCUGUGCCAAGGAGCUGGCAGAAAUGAAGCGGGAAGGCCGACUCCUCCACUACCUCCCCAGCUCCCCACUGCCAGGGGGCUGUGCUCAAGCAGAGCUGGAUACAGAGGCUGAGCAGGAUGGAAAGGAUGAGUCCGAGGGGCUGAGUGGGUCCCAGGAGACCAGGGGCUCAGUGUGAGGGCUGCACUCUCCCCACAGCUUCCCCUCACUGGCUUCUAUGAGCACAU